AUGUGUUUGCAGCUGAGCGUCACGUAUACGGAUCCGACUCGUGGUAGCAUGGUGGUUACACGACGUCGCGCCAACGGCCACCUGGAUGUUCGCGUUGUUUACAAUCGUGAAUUCAUUGUGGCAGCAGCGGCCAGUCCGCUUGCAGUGUUACCGCCAGCGAAUUUCCGAGAAAUGGUACUCGAGAUGACCGAUGUUGUUGCCAAAUUUCCAACAAGCUUCUACAACAACAUUCAGCAAAAUGAUGUCGCCAGUUCACACAGUUUCACAAAAACAGUGAAGUACGGCAAGAAUUUCUGA